AUGGGUUCAGUUUUUUCAGGGUUUAUUUUACUAUUGUUACUCAACAUCUCUCAAGCUCAUAAUUUGAUAGAGGAUGUAUGUUCCAAGUCAGAGAAUCCACCUCUGUGCAAUCGAAUUUUAAGUUCCGACCCACAGUGUUCUGAAGUACGAAUUCCGAAGUUGUGUGAAAUCAUUGUGAAGAAAGCAAUAUUCUCCACCCAAAUAGCUUUACAGAUCACUAAAUCGCUCAGCAUUGGCGUAAACAAACAAAAAUGUGAUGUGUGCGGCAAGUCUUAUUCCAAUGCCAUCAACAACCUUAACGAUUGUCAGCGUUUGCUAAACACGAAUGAUCGGGGCAGCAUCAGUACUUUGCGGUCUAGAUUGUCGACAGUUAAGACUGAUGUUACGACAUGCGACAAUCAAUUUGGGGGGAGCCAGCCGCCUAUGCUGAAAGCAGCCAACCACCGAUGCCAAGUAGUAGCCUCUGUGCUUUGUGUCAUUGCGAACCGUAUGUGA